AUGUCGGGGUUCGGAUUUUAUGACUCUUUUAGCAGAACGCAGGAUGGCCCAGACUCCCGAGGAAGGCUCCUCCAUGCCGGACGGGCCUUGAGCUCUCGACUACGCAGCGGCGAGCAAAAUGAGCAGCUAAGCUCUUCUGAGGACCUCAAACAUAGACUUAAACAUCUCAUCGUCGUGGUCCUCCUCUAUUCCUCUCUCUCUCUCGUCCUUAUUCUCUUAUUCCUCCUUCUCUCUCCUGUCUCCCUGCUCUUCUUCUUUCUCUUUCUUCUCCGCCUUCCAUUCCUCCACUUCCUCCUCUUCCUUCGUCAUAUCAUUCUCCUCUUUCUUGUUUCUCCUCCGCUGCCAGAUGAAACGGAUGUUGUUGCUACUCCAUUCUUGGCUCUCUACGAUCUGCCCACACGCACUGGCCCCAGCAUUCAAGGUGGGUCGAAUUCUCCGUGGAGGCAAACUGUGCCACUCGAGUCGACGAUGGAUGCCCCAACGAUCCUCGGAGCUGAUACGCCAUAUCGGUACACAAGCCCGGACUAUUCACUUAAGACCCUCUUGCUGAAGAUGCCGGUCACGGCUGCUGUAGCUUGUUAG